GACUUGUCACUCCACUUCAUCUCUCAAUAGGUAAUAUCGAGCUUGUCAUCCUGUUACAUUGGCAAGCAACUUUGUUCCACAAAAUCUUCUCUCUCUGUUUUUUUGGGUCGCUAGGUUUUUGUGCUUUGUGCAAUCACAUCAUCGGUCAUGGCUUCAAACCAAGAACAGCCAUGGCUAUUAGAAAAUGGCAACCUCAAGGGCUUAAGUAAGGAGAACCGGACCGGUCGGACCGCGCACAACAUGUCAUCCUCUUCCCUGCGGAAGAAGUCUGACCUCACCCUUGUCUCCAAAAUUCCAUGCUCUCUCCUUAGACAGUUUUUGACGAAUUUGCAGGAGGUUAUGCUGGGGACAAAACUCUCCGUUUUAUUCCCAGCCAUCCCACUGGCAAUUGUGGCUCAGUGUUUUGGUUUUGCAAGACCUUGGGUGUUUGCGCUGAGCUUAAUUGGGCUUAUGCCACUGGCAGAACGGGUCAGCUUUCUGACUGAGCAAAUUUCUUUUUACACCGGUCCAACAGUGGGAGGGCUUCUAAAUGCGACAUGUGGAAAUGCCACGGAGCUAAUUAUUGCAAUCUUUGCUCUAGCUCAACAUAAGAUAGCAGUUGUGAAGUACUCUCUGCUGGGGUCCAUUCUCUCAAACCUUCUCUUAGUCCUCGGCACUUCUCUCUUUUGCGGUGGCAUUGCCAACAUCAGAAGAGAACAGAAAUAUGACAGAAGACAAGCGGAUGUGAACUCCCUCAUGUUGCUGCUGGCACUUUUGUGUCACUUGCUGCCAAUGCUGUUCACGUUUGCUACAGGAGCCUCUGCUAGUGUGACAUCAGACCCUUCCCUCCAUUUGUCCAGAGCCAGCAGCAUUGUUAUGCUCAUAGCUUAUACUGCAUACAUUGUCUUCCAGUUGUGGACACACCGUGAAUUAUUUGAAGCUCAGGAGGAAUCGGACGAUGAUGGUGUUGUUUCGGAAGAAGCACCUGUGAUUGGAUUCUGGAGUGGGAUUGUGUGGCUGAUUGGAAUGACUGCAGUGAUUGCCUUGUUGUCUGAGUAUGUUGUGGGAACAAUUGAGGAAGCAUCAGAUUCUUGGGGCUUGUCUGUGAGCUUCAUCAGCAUAAUCUUGCUACCUAUUGUUGGCAAUGCAGCAGAACAUGCAGGAGCAGUCAUAUUCGCUUUCAAGAACAAGUUGGAUAUAACGUUGGGUGUUGCUUUGGGAUCUGCAACUCAAAUUGCCUUGUUUGUGGUUCCAUCGUGCGUGAUUAUUGCUUGGAUAAUGGGAAUUAACAUGGAUCUCAAUUUCAGUGUCAUUGAGACUGGCUCUUUAGCUUUAUCAAUCCUUGCUGUAGCCUUCACUUUACAGGAUGGUACUUCCCACUACCUCAAGGGAUUGGUUCUUCUGCUGUGCUACAUUAUUAUUGGAGCCUGCUUUUUUGUAACCGAAUCUCCCCUUCAUCACUCGAACAUCGUCAACGUGGGACUUAAAACAUCAAACGAAGCAGUUUUUGGAGCUUAAUUAAAAAUGUGUUUGGCCUUUCAAGGGCCACCUCCUGAGUAUUAUUACAGCCCUGCUGUUGUUGGCUGCAUGCCUUUGUUAUUCAUCAAAUUUGAUUGGUGCCAUAGCCGGUCCGAAAGCGAACAUUUUUCAUUGAUCUGCUUGUCCAGCAUGGGAUACUUGAUGAAAAGAGUUGGGUCUUGUUGAAGCUUGAUGAGGACAGGCUACAGAAUCAGUCAUAUAUG